AUGGAAUUGGACUAUCGUCGUCUAACUGAUCUUAAGAAUCCAUAUGAUAUUGCUAAAUUAAAGAAACGUACUUCUGAAGAACGUGUCUACAUGUUUCUUGCUGGUCCAGAUCACAAUCUUGACCGAGUGUGUAGUUGCGUGUUGGCUAUUGUACCUCUUCCCGAUCUUAUUGAGGCUUAA